AUGGAAGCUCGAGCAAUUCAAAUAUAUAAACCAGUAAACAAGAAUGAGGUUCGGUUAGUCUAUAGAAUAAAAAAUUCAAAUGUUUCGGGGGAAAAUGGGAGACACCAAAAGUCUUACUCUUUUAAUAAAUAUGGAGAAGAGAAUGCAUGGAAUAUGGCAAAAGAUGCGUUCAAGUUUAUUAAUAGUAACAAUAAACUACCAUUUGACUUUAGCGAUCCAUGGAAAAUGAAACUUAUAAAUAAGAGAGGCCGAAAGAGCCUAAAUUAUAAUAGUUCUUCAAUGGAUGAGCAAAACUCACCAAUAAUUAAUAAUAAAAGACUUGCUUCACUCAAAAAUGAAUUAUAUAAUGAAAAUUUAAUAGAAAGAAACGCUUCAGGAAGCAAGAAUACCGCAAAUCUUUCGCCUCCAUCAAUUUCUAAUGAUAAAUAUGCCUCGUUGAAAGACAAUUAUGAUAUUGACUCAUCUUCCCCAGUAUCUCCACAGGCUUCACCUAAUUUAAUGUAUAAAUUAGAAAAGAAGUUGUCUAGCUUGGAGAUGAAAAACAACCAAAAAGACUACCAUCUUCCCUCUUCUUCUUACUUGUAUUUGCUUGCCACAGCAGCAACAGAAAUUUUUGAAAAGCAGGAAGUAAAUGAAGAAAAGAAGGUCGGGCCUCUUAGUACUAAUAAUGAGUUUCUGCAGGAGAGCUGUAAGGACUCAAACAAAGUUCCAAUAUCUCAAAGUAGAAUAGAAAAUAGGGGUUUUGAUAUUUCAAAAAAUCAUCAAAAUCAGAGCAUGGGCACGAAUCUGAGCCAACCAUGGUCCAACUAUUCAUCAUCUUCUCCAUUAUCCCAAGCAUUCUUACCAGAAAUUCCAAAAAUCAUAUUAAACGCAGAUUCAUACUAUAAUUUAGCUAAUAUGCCAUAUUAUAAUGUCCCAUUAUACUUUAACAAUCAGGCAAAUAAUCAAUAUGCAACUGCAUUAAUUAAUCAUUUCAACCGAAAUAUUAUGCUCUUAGAUCCAUCCAUUCCAUAUUUAUCAAGUAAUAAUAGUAAUUUAAGUAAAAUCCAGAUUCCAAAGUGA